AUGCGAGCAAAUGCCAACAAACGUCGUCGGGACAUAGAAUACACAGUCGGUGAUUGGGUGUUCUUGAAGAUGCAACCUUACAAGAGAAGAUCCUUGGCUAAAAGGAUUAAUGAAAAACUCUCCCCUCGAUUUUAUGGUCCUUUCCAGGUGUUAAAUAAGGUGGGUGUUGUUGCUUAUAAGUUAGAUCUUCCAUCUCACAGUAAAACUCAUCCGGUCUUUCAUGUCUCUUUCCUCAAGAAAGCCAUUGGUGACUCGUUCCAGUCCCAACCUUUACCACCUAUGUUAUCUGAGGAUCAGAAAUUACAAGCUUAUCCAGAUUCUAUUUUAGAUAUUCGUGAAUUACAACCUGGCAACGUGAAAGUUUUAAUUCAGUGGCAAAAUCUCCCUCCCAAUGAAAAUAGUUGGGAAUCUGUGGCUAAAUUACAAGAGAUUUUUCCGACUUAUCACCUUGAGGACAAGGUGAGUCUUUUAGGCAGGGGUAUUGAUAAGCAUAAGCAUAAGUCACACAACACCAAGGUGUACACCCGCAAACAGCGAGCAAGAGAAGCAAUAACCAUAGAUCACUAG